AGUGCAUAUAAAAUUAAGUAAAAGACUGCGUUAAGAAUCAUUAUCAUGAAUAUCAUAUUUUGUUCCCAAAGUGAAUCCAAGCUCAGAAGUCAGUCAUUCAUACAGCUCUGGCCUAUUUAGUUCUGAGGUCGCAAUUCAAUGAUUACAUACGUAUAAAACUUCUCUGAAGUUGAACUUACAUAAAACCCCAUGAACAGUUAUCACCGGAAAUUGGCCGUUCUUAUUGGAUUAUCGUCGAGUUGUUUGCUUGUGCACAAAUUUAUUCCACAGUAUUUAAAAAUGUCAACUUUAACAACUCAACAAGACGAUUUGGACCAAUUUUGUAAAAUCUAUCUACGUAGAGACCAAACUGGGCGAGAUAUCGGGUCACACCGUGACCCAAAGGUGGCAAUUUAUGCUCCAUCCUGGGUCAAAGAUGGCCUUCAAACUCUUGCUGGUCAGUUAAGUGGAAAGCGAUUCAAAGUGCUUGAAGCGUACUCGUCAUCGCCACUGGAAGAAUUUACCUUAACAUCUACUCUGACAUUGACCGAACUACAAAAAAUUUCCCGUAAUGAAGCAUCCAACGUUGAUGGCGUCAUCAAUAUUGGACAUUACUCGGACGGGGGUAUUGACGACUUGGAGCUGUUACUCGCCAUGAAAGACCUUGUCAGACAGUCCAUUAUCGUAUCUCGGACGGAAGCCACCCAUUUUGGAGGCUAUCCAAACCGGUCAUCCCGAAAAGAGUUGAACCCCACUAGCCCGGUCUACAUUGUUGACCUGGCUGCCCUCCAGUUCCAGCAGUACUAUAAUACGGGAAGACUCGUCCUCAUUAACGAGGUAGACCCCAUCCCACCAAGCAGGGGUUUAUUGGACGACCUGAUUUUCGAACGGGUCGUCGGUGAGAAAAAGAAAACUUUCCAGGAGGCCAAGAACUCGCCAGAUGCCAAAAUUAGAUUCGUGUCAGUUCGAGGCUUUGGAAGAUCCAAAUGUUUAUUUGACGUCCACGCGUAUCAUAAGUUUGUUGCCUGGGACGUCGUCCUCGUCGGGCUGGCAGUCACACAUUCCACCGUAAAAUCUGGACAUGGCGACAAGGUUAACUUCAAAUUUUUAAAAUAUGGGACAGGUUUUUUUGCUGGACAUUUUGGCAACAUUGUUAACUCCCACAUUUUGACGGGUGUGGUGCUCGGGUUGGAGAUGUUGUUCGAGAAACAUGGUGACACCGUUUCCCAAGUUAUUAAUCAUAUUGAGCUUCCAUUUUACCAAAGUGAAGUCGGAGGUGUGGAAAGGUUGGAAAAAAUCAGGGAAAAAUAUCACGUGACGUAUUCAUUCGGGAUGGAUGACGCUUUAAAACCCACACAACCGGGUCUUGUCACAGCAUCGACGAAUUGUGGCGAUUCGAUGGCAGUUUUUGGAAAUGAAAUGGGUUUCUCCAGCGUUGAUGCAGCAAUCGCUGAAAAUCUGGAGGGCAAGGGGGCCACGUUGUGUCCAAUAUUGAAUCCUGAAAUGCAAAAUGUGUUCCUAGAUUUGGAUGAAGAACCGAUUGCAGACAAUGCGGAUUUGAUCAAUCUUGCCGACACUAAUCCUAACGAGAAGGAACAAAGUGAAGCUAUGGAUGUCAGUUCUAGCGAUAACAAAAUGUCCCCUCAUUUAUAAUUUAAUUUGUGGAUACGAUAACGUUAUUUAAGGAUCCAGUUCAAAGAUUUAUAUGCAGAUAUUUAAUUUAUAAUUAUUCAGCAUAAGCGCAUUAUUAACUUUUAAUAAUUAUGUGAAUGAUUAUUAAUUCCCGGAAAAGAUACAUAAUAUCAAUGAGUAUUGAAUAUUUUCCAGUUUACCAUAUUUCCAUAUUUUCCAUACUAUGUUUCCAUAUUUACCAGUUUUGUAAACUGAUAACUAUUAACACGUGAAUAAAGGUUUAAAUCAAUGAUUAAAUCAA